GGGACCGGGUCCGGCAGCGAACCCGCUCCCCCGGCGCGCCGCCAAUCCGCCAUGGCCAGCUACACCAAAGCGGCCCAGCAAUGGGCUACUUUUGCCAGAGCCUGGUAUCUCAUAGAUGGGAAGAUGCAACCACCCGGAAAACUUGCAGCCGUGAGUGUAAUCAGACUUCAGGGGAAGCAUAAGCCUAUGUAUCAUGCACUAAGUGACUGUGGAGACCAUGUCGUCAUAAUAAACACGAGACACAUUGCAUUUUCUGGUAACAAAUGGGAACAGAAAGUAUAUUCUUCUCACACAGGUUAUCCAGGUGGCUUAAAACAAGUGACAGCAACGCAACUUCACCUAAAAGAUCCAACAGCAAUUGUUAAACUGGCUAUUUAUAGAAUGCUUCCAAAGAACCUGCACAGAAGAACUAUGAUGCAGAGGCUGCACCUCUUUCCAGAAGAUGUUAUCCCAGAAGACAUACGUAAUAAUCUUGUAGAGGAGCUUUCUCAGCCACGCCGAAUCCCCAAGAGGCUAGAUGAAUACACACAAGAAGAAAUAGAUGCCUUCCCAAUGCUCUGGACUCCACCUAAAGAUUAUCGAAAGACGUGAAAAAAGAACUGAAAGAGGAACUGCUGUCUUUCCUGCAAAGGAUGAGUUCCAGCAUCACAUUAACUUGGAAACCCACAUGCAUCUUAAUCAUCCAUUCUAUGUAGAGGACAGAUUUUUUUCAGGUACAAGGAAAAUUUGUUUGGGGAAGAUCAGUCAUCUUUAGUGUAAUGGAAACACCGAGCUAAACACUGAUAUAAUAUUUGACAUUUCCUGUUCCAGAAUGUAUUGCAUGAAUCUGGCCUUUGAUGUUGAAUGUUAAUAAAAGGAUUUUAUUUCUCU